UGGAUAAAUGGGCAACAGAUGAAAAGGAGAGCAUUGGGAUGGAGGGAUCCGAGGAGAGAGCGAGAGAGACGGAAAUGAGGGAAGACAAGAAGACUGACUAAUGAGGUAGGAAAAGAGUUAGACUUAAACAGAAGGACAGAGCAGGGGCAUGGAGUGAGAGAUGAAAAGAGGGUGAAAGAGAAAGAUUUGGAGAGUACGAAAGGAGAAAGUAUAAGUAAGAGGUGAAAAGAAGAGAGCAAAAAGAAAGGAGGGAGGGUGAGAGAUCCCCUCCCCAGUAGGUCGGUCCUUUCUGUGAAAAUCAACCUAUUCCAGGAAUGAGAGAGGGAGACAAGCGCACAAACACUCAGCAUGUCUGAGACUGCCCUCUGAUGUCACCAGCCCCGAGAGAGAGAGAGAGAGAGAGAGAGGGGAGGGGAGGGGACACAGCCGGAGAGCGAACCGAACACAGUGAGUGUGAGAAAACAGAGAGGUGGAGACUGAGAGCACUGUUCCGGUAUCUGCUGUGGACUGGGGCUGUGUUUUACUGAGUGUGUUGUGUCAGCGGUGGAGAGUUGAGCUCCCGGUUCAGUGAGGCUGCUCUAGCGAUCGCGUUAGCCGCACGCCAUCCGGAACGCACAACUGAUGGUCGACGUGAGCGUGGCACUGCCCUUGCAGGUGCCGCCGGCUGCCAUUCCCAUGGACCUGCGCCUGGACCAGCCCUUUGGCCUAGCACCGCGACCAGACGACCAGUGCCACCAAGGACAGGUCCCAGGUCAGCGGGAGCAGCAGCUGCAGCAAGAGUUGCUGGCCCUCAAACACAAACAGCAGAUCCAGAGACAGGUGCUCAUCGCUGAGUUCCAGCGGCAACAUGAGCAGCUCUCACGCCAGCAUGAGGCCCAGCUACAGGAGCAUGUUAAGCACCAGCAGGACCUCCUGGCUCUGAAGCAUCAGCAGGAGCUGCUGGAGCACCAGAGGAAGAUGGAGAGACACCGCCAUGAGCAAGAGAUAGAGAAACAUCAGAGGGAGCAGAAACUCCUGCUGCUUAAGAACAAGGAGCGUUGCCAGGAGAGUGCGGUGGCCAGCACAGAGGUCAAGAUGAGGCUGCAGGAGUUUGUCCUGAACAAGAAGAAAGCCCUGGCCCAGCGCAGCCUCAACCACUGCAUGUCUACCGACCCACGCUAUUGGUACGGGAAGACCCAGCACAGCUCCCUGGACCAGAGCUCCCCUCCCCAGACAGGGAUGUCCACUUACAACCACGCCAUCCUGGGGAUGUACGACCCCAAAGACAACUUCCCUCUCCGCAAGACAGCCUCUGAGCCCAACUUGAAGCUCCGGUCCAGGCUAAAACAGAAGGUAACGGAGCGCAGAAGUAGCCCACUUCUACGCAGGAAGGACGGUCCAAUUACCACCGCCAAGAAGCGCUCUCUGGACAUGGCUGAAUUGGCCUGCAACAGCGCUCCUGGUUCGGGCCCCAGUUCGCCCAACAACAGCUCCAGUAACAUCACCAAUGAGAAUGGCAUCGCUGGCUCCAUGUCCAGUAGUUCAGUAGAGGCCUCCCUGGCCCACAGGCUGGCUGGCCGAGAGGGCCCCUUGAGCCAGCUGUCUCUGUACACAUCGCCCUCGCUGCCUAACAUCACCCUGGGCCUGCCUGCCACCGGCCCUUCCAGCAUGACGUCGGGCCAGCAGGAAGGUGACAGGCAUUCAAUGCACGAUAGACCGCAGCAGGGCUUCCCCAUAACCACUCCCUUCAUCCCAGGGGCCCACCUGCCCUCCUACCUGACCGAUGGGGGCUCGGCACACAAUCCCCUCCUCCAGCACAUGGUCCUCCUGGAGCAGUCCCAGAACCCACUAGGUCUGUCUUGCUGCCUGGGCGGGAUGCCCCUGCAAUCGUCCUCCAUCCACAAGCUGCGUGGGCAGCACCGUCCCCUGGGGAGGACCCAGUCAGCCCCUCUGCCCCAGAACGCCCAGGCCCUGCAGCAGCUGGUGGUCCAGCAGCAGCACCAGCAGUUCCUGGAGAAACACAAGCAGCAGUUCCAGCAGCAGCAACUGCACAUCAACAAGAUGAUGGCCAAGCCCAGCGAGCCAGGGCCGGGACCGGGUCGGCAGCACGAGAGUCACCCGGAGGAGACAGAAGAGGAGCUAAGGGAGCACCAAGCCCUAUGUCCCCAGGACAGAGGCCUCAUGUGUGGAGUGACAGUCAAGCAGGAGCCCCCGGACCCCCAGGAAGAGGAGAGGGACCACAGAGAUAGGAUAGUUGACCAGGAGCUGCUCUUCAGACAGCAGGAUGUGUUGUUGGAGCAGCAGAGAAUCCACCAGUUGAGGAACUACCAGGCUUCGAUGGAGGCAGCCGGCCUGUCAAUCACCUUCCCAGCGCACCGCCCCCUCUCCAGGGCCCAAUCAUCUCCUGCCUCGGCCUGCUUCCCCCCCAUCGUGGUGCAGCAGGAACCACCCACCAAGCCUCGCUUCACCACCGGACUGGUGUAUGACACGUUGAUGCAGAAGCACCAGUGUAUGUGUGGCAACACCAACACACACCCAGAGCACGCCGGACGCAUCCAGAGCAUCUGGUCUCGACUACAAGAGACAGGACUGAGGGGCAAGUGUGAGUGUAUACGGGGGCGGAAAGCCUCACUGGAAGAACUGCAGACGGUUCACUCUGAGGCCCACAUCCUUCUGUAUGGAACCAACCCACUUCGGCAGAAGCUAGACAGUUCAGUGACUCCCAUGUUUGUGAGGCUGCCAUGUGGAGGGGUGGGGGUGGACAGCGACACCAUUUGGAACGAGGUCCACUCGUCCAGCGCUGCUCGUCUAGCUGUGGGCUCCGUCGUGGAGCUGUGCUUCAAAGUGGCGGCUGCAGAGCUCAAGAAUGGUUUUGCUGUAGUCCGGCCCCCUGGACACCAUGCAGAGGAGAGUACACCUAUGGGAUUCUGUUACUUCAACUCAGUGGCCAUCGCAGCUAAACUCUUGCAGCAGAGGCUCAGUGUCAGUAAGAUCCUGAUUGUGGAUUGGGAUGUUCACCAUGGCAACGGCACACAACAAGCGUUCUACAGCGAUCCCAACGUUCUCUACCUGUCACUCCAUCGCUACGACGAUGGCAACUUCUUUCCUGGCAGUGGAGCGCCUGAUGAGGUGGGCACUGGGGCAGGUAUGGGCUUCAAUGUGAACAUGGCUUUCACCGGUGGACUGGAGCCACCCAUGGGAGACGCAGAGUACCUGGCUGCCUUCAGGACGGUGGUGAUGCCCAUCGCCAACGAGUUUGCCCCCGACGUGGUGCUGGUGUCGUCUGGCUUCGAUGCCGUGGAGGGCCAUGCGUCACCCCUGGGAGGGUACAGGCUGACGGCCAAAUGUUUUGGAUACCUGACCAGGCAGCUGAUGGGGCUAGCCGGAGGCCGCAUGGUACUGGCCCUGGAGGGGGGCCACGACCUCACUGCUAUUUGUGACGCCUCCGAAGCCUGCGUCUCUGCUCUGCUAGGAAUCGAGUUGGAUCCUAUCCCUGAGGAGGUGAUGCAGCAGAGGCCCAACCCCAACGCUGUUCACUCCAUGGAGAAGGUGCUGGAGGCACACAGUAAAAACUGGCGCUCUCUUCAGCGCGGGGCCUCCACGCUGGGCUACUCUCUGAGCGAGGCUUUCCGGUGUGAGACGGAGGAGGCCGAGACCGUCACCGCCAUGGCCUCCCUCUCUGUGGCCAACAAGCAGAGGAAGAGCGAGGAGGAGCCUAUGGAGGGCUGACCAAGCCCCCCUUCACCAUUCAGAGACACUCAAGGUCUCCAAUUUAGGUCUCCCAUUUAGUACUCAGCCAACCUCCAUUUCAAUUUGACCCCACCCCUUGGCCCCACUCGCACCCUGUCUAGGAGGCGCAUCAGCCCCGGGGGACAGGGGGCAACGUAUAAAACGACUUGGUAUGAAAUGGAAGACGUCACUAUCUCACUCGCCCAGAAUGGACAGACUGAAACGGCCCCGAUGUGUGGUUCCGUCUCUACGUGGGGAGGCAGAACACAAGGAGCCCCGGGUUGCCAGGUCUUGUCAGGUCUUUACUCCAGGACGGGUGGGAUCUAAGGUGACUUUAAAUCAUCCCACGCUGGCAAAAUCGAGUGUCUGUGAUUUUUUUUUGGAACAGACACGCUCGCUACGUUCGAAGUACUGCUCCAGACACAGAAUUUCUCAUUUAGCCAUCUCCUUUCGUUUUUUCUUUCUGUCGUUUGUUCCUUUUUCCUCUUCCGUUCACGAAAAACAGCAACCGAGCCCUGUGAUGUAAUUACUACUUUGUUUCCGAAUGUUUGAUUGUUACCAUUCAUGAAAGACUUUGUGAACGGAGAGAUGUCGCAGGGUUUGCUGAUAUUUUUUGGCACAUUUUUCAAUUGGCAAAAGCAGGCGUUUUUUUUUUGCAGAAGAGGAAAGGUAUAAAGCGAGUAAAAAAGAAGGAGAACACGAUGGACAGGUGACCUGGGGCCUCAUUUAUCAAAGAUGCGUGCGCACAAAAAAUGGUCUAAACCUUGCGUGCGCCAGUUUUCCCGCAAAGGUUGGUGUUUAUCAAUUUUGAACUUGAUGGGAAAGUGUGCGUAUAUCCACUGAAAUCUCAGACCAUGCGCACGCACAACUUCUAGUGGUUGAUCAACUGUAUUGCAAGCAAAUAUUGUUAUUUUGGGGGAAAUGUAGGUGUUUGAUGCACGGGAAUUAGAAUAAUGGUAGGCUAAUAAAAACAUAAAAAUGUAUAUGCCUAUUGAUAAAAUAGAUGCAUUUGCCCUUGGUAAGGAGAUCAAAUAGCAGCAUGUCACCUAAUAUAUUUAUUUUACUUUUAUUAUAUAGGCCUAAAUCAAUCAUAUUGCAGGACAUGUCUCCUUUUCUGACAUGACUGGUUUAUUUCUGCUACACAACAAAUAUUACGCUACCAUUUAUCCAUCUCUCAUUCAAUAGCCAAGCAUGCUCGAAAGUAAAUAGACCAGUAGCCAAUGACAGUAUAGGUAUGCUAAAGUAUUCUUGUGCGAUAGGAGCGCGACAUCAUAGCCUAUUUAAUCUCAGAGACUAUGCCAAAGCAGGACAUAUAAACACAAUCAUGUAUUGAUGAACAAAAUAUUGAACAACAAUUCUUAUUUUGCAUAGAAGUCUGGGCUCUAAGCAGCAUUUACUUUUCAAUUGUUCAAUAGACAAUCAAUCUUGCCGAAUACAUGGCCAGUGUUUGGCACUCUCUAUAGUUUAAAAAAGUCACUGCAAAAGAUGAAAACAUUCUGCCCACACCUCUACAGAAAUGUGAUCACAUUUACCAUUGCACUUUCUUUUAGUGACUAUCAUGGCCCAGUUCCAAUAUCUCCAAAUUAUACAGCAAAUGAUGGUGUUUUUGUUACCAUAAAAGGUGAAUGGAGGGCGUUUUUCCAGGCGGGGUUGUAACGCUCAUUCACGAGCGCACAAAUAUAGUAUGGCUCUGAUUAAUCAAUGAAAACAUGCAUAUAUGUUGCGUGCAACAGUUUGAUAAAUCCCAAUCAUUUGUUCUGCACACAAAUCCUAGAAUGUCCAUGUACGGCAGAAUUUUGUAAGAAAUGUACGCAGUGGUUGAUAAAUGAGGCCCCAGGUCUUCUGGUUUGAGAUGACAGACUGUAAAAAGACUGUGAGUUUGUGCCUUUUUAGUUCCUGCCUGGUGGAUUUCACGAUGAACUCAAGAGGAAGAGCUUUGCCUUAAAUUUGUUUUGGGGGGAGAGAGGUUCCCUCCUCUCGCUCUCACGUCUCAUCUCCUUUUGUGGUAGUGAGACUGGCAAUGCCGAUACGAUGGCACAUAGACUGGAGGCCCUUGGCAUGUUUACCCUGACUUCCCUGUAGCCUACUUUCCCACCCUGUUCCAUUUGACCUUGUUGUCAGUGCUUGACUUGGGCAGGAGCUCACCGCAGCAGACUACCGGCACACAAAAUCCAAGUCAAACACUACUUGUCGUAACCCCUUUACUAUCGUUUAGAAGGUAGUUGCCGUGCUACACAGGGACUAACAUGGUUGAGUCUUUUUCAGUGGAACGAGAGCCUUCAAUGCUUGAAACAUCAGCCAAUGAUGUAGCUAUCUUCUGGUAUAUAAACCCUUUACCAAAUACACGCCACCUCUACGAAAGAGUUAGCUAGCAUGCACUGUAGUCUGUACUAGAGAGAUUUGCCAUUUUAAACUAGAAUGCUGUUCAAAAAUAGUUGUAGUAAGACAAGAAAUGAUGCCAAAGCGUGACGUUGCUAUCAGCUCAAUAGUCUGGUGCCACGUAGUAUUGUAACCAUAUAGGACAGAUAUUGCUAUCAUGACUUUACGUUCAAAAUUGUUCUCUGUGAGGGAAUUAUAACAGUUGACCAAUUUCUAUCUUACACACCUCACCCUUCAAAACGUUGUAAUGUCACAAUGUUCAGAUGCUCUUACCUUCAUUUAGGGGCUCUACCCACAAUUAGCCGUUCAUUUGGCUUUGUUCACAGAGGUAAACAACCAUAAAGCUCAUGAGUCGUUGUGUUACCAUGGUGACAGAGCAGUUAGACAGAACAAAGAUAAGCAAAUCAAAUCUCAUGAGUCGUCGUGUUACCAUGGUGACAGAGCAGUUAGACAGACGUGUACCACCUUUGUGAGUUUACAGAGUGGCGCCCAUAUUCUCUGACAUUUGGUCCACGCUCCUUGUUAGGCACAGCUGCUCCCAAAGUGUCAGAUGCUACUGUGUGUGUGUGUCACAUGUCACAAUCCAGUUAACAACCCCUUUAUACAUUGACACAGUCAUCAUAGCUACUGCUAGGUGUGUGUUUUUAGGUACAGGAAAGUGUUUUUAACCUUGUGUGUGAGACACAUUAAAUAACUGUAUCUCUAACUACAUACAUUUGACUUAGUUCACAAACACCUGUAGCUCAGAAUACAGAGAAUGAAUGAAAGCAGUGAUCUGAAUACGGUAUAUUGAACCCCCCCAACUCAUUUUUUUGCCUCUUGGCAACUACCUUCUACAUUGUUCUGUUGAUGUCAUAAUCACUUUUUUCUACUGUUGGUAAACGAGGAAGAACUGAGAAGAUUUUGAGAUUUGAGAUGUGUCCACCACGACCGUUUUGAUGACUACUCCAUCAGUGUUGUUUUUACCCAUCUGUGUCUCUUUUUUUGUUUCUGUUUUGUCCUUGUUGUCUUUAGAAGUGGACUCCAGUGUCUUUGGUUUUUGUACUUUUUAGUUGUUUUCCAGUCAUUUUGUAUUCUUUUGAGUUCUUUCUCUCUCUUACACUUUGUACAGUUCCUUUUCAUGGUGAAAGGUUCUGGGGUUGUGAGGGGAGGGAUGGGGUAUGCAAAUAUUUCUACUUUGUAUAAUGAUUCCAACAAUUGUGUAUUUACUAUGCUGGCUGUUCAUGGUAGAUUUAUAUAUGACACCAAAUCUAUAAGUAUAUUAUAUAUUAUAAGAAAUUACAAUCUUGUUUUGGGAAAAGAAAAUUAGAAUUGCAAAGUGAUAUGCUCAUGUUUCAUUCCCUGGUCUGGUUCGGCCCUUCCUGGUGUCGCUGAGGGCACUGUUCAUUAUUCCUGGCUGCCAUUGGCUGAGGGUUCAGUACAGUAGCAUCCCAUUUGGUGUCAGUUUCUCUACAGUAUACGCCACUGACCUAGGCUCUGUUAAUACUUCCUGACACUACAUAGAGGAGUAGAAAGGCUGUUCCCAAACAAGGGCUUAGGGAAAGGACAAGUCGCUUGUCUCUUAUAUUGAAUUUCCUUCUCCAUUAAAACAUUGUGACAACCCACCCAUGUUAACAUGGGUUUACAGUGGAAUUUCACACUCUUACAUAGGUAACACUUUCUGACCUGCAACCGAACAUUCUAGCUGUGUUUUGUAAAACCUUCUGUAUACUAGCUAAGGAUUUGUAAUUCAGAAGCAGUAGCGGUGCUUGGAUAAAAUCACUGGGGAAGCCAAGCCAGUAGAAAAAUGCCAUAUUACAACUUAUGUGUUGUGAUAAUUGCGUGGUUUGCUCUAUAACCUGUUAGUUCAUAUGCCUUGCCACCGUGAUGUAUAUAGGCCUAAGGCCGAGACAAUAAGGAGACACAGUGGCAGAAUAAAUUCAACCAUAGCUUUGUUUCACCACAAAACUGGGGAGCAAUGUCUAUCCAGUGGAACAUCUAUCCACAAAGUAUAUUGUAACAAACAGUUACAUGACCUACAGCAUGGUCAAUCAAGUUCAUGUUUCUGACAUUUUUGGACCACUAAACAACUUGAUUUAGGACACCUGAGAGUUACCGCAAAUCGCAAAGAAAACAGGAGCCGCCUCCACUAUUCCAGCACCAUUUCAACUUCAACAUUAUCAAAUCACCUAUGCUUAGUCUAAUAUAGUGACAACUAAAAUAUUCCAAAAACCAUUCAGUUCAUUCAACGUAAGCUAAAUAUGUGUCUGUCCAUAGUACUGAUUUCUCUGUGUGCGUGUGUGCGCGUGUGUGUGUGUGCAAUAAGGUAGAAAAAAACAUGUUGACUCACCCUACCUGUAGAGGAACGCCAAUGCCAUCCCCCUUUCUUGCCGAAACGGUUUAUGACUCUAUCAUACAGUACACGUUUUUAGUUUUUGUUGUCCUAGGCUACCUGGCUAAAAUGCUUUGUCGCUAGCCUAACUUCCUUUCAUGGGCAACAAUUAGCCAGCUAAUUAACAUUCACCAACUACACCUAGCUAUAUAUUGAACUUACAUCCUCUCAGGCCAGAGGCACAAUGUAUGAAUUUAUGGUUAGAACCGAAUUGCCGUUAUAAUCAUUGGCCAGUAUGGAUAAUUAAGUAAAACCACAAGUCCAAAUCCUUAUCUCCGUCCAUGACUCAUUUAGGAAAGGGACAAUUUUAGCUACCUAGCUAGCCACCAGAGGACAACAACACAACGAGAUGCAACAAUUCUAGUUUUUUUCUGUCAAUGACAUUUGGCUUCAUUUGAUGUGAUUAGUGUGAAGCCAAAUCCAAACUGACUUCCCUUAACACUUUUUUUGGUGUGCCAGGACCAUUCACAGUUGAGCUCACUCAGUUUAGCUCAAGGCUGAUUGGCUGUUAUUGUAUAAAAAAAAAUAUCAAGGAAGGCAAAUGCUCACUGGCUUCCCUUGCAUUCAAUGCUAUGGGCAGCAACAAUAUCAUACUCUUUUUGACCAGACAGCAUCAGAUAGAUGGCCUACACAUACAGAGACAGAACGGCAUUGUUUCGCUCGCUUGGAUGCUUUCUCCGGUGAGAUACAUUCAGCCUCUUGCGAAUUGAAGGAAAAAGAUGAAACAGAGAGACGAAAGAUAAAUUAUUUUAUAUGUUAUUUUUCUUCAAUUUUUGGGGAAGCCUGGCUUCCCUUUGCAUCCAUGAAUACACGCCACUGUUCAGAAGGGUCUGUCUUGGAAUGACAUGAUAAUUACACAAGGGUUUCCCUAUAAUGAUUAAUCACUAUAAGCCCAGGAGUCAUAGUUAACCCAUCAAAAGUCCCCCCCCCUCACCCUUUGACCUCAUCCAGCCCAAACUGCUCCUCUCUGACGGCUGUAGCAGACGACUUGUGAGGUCAAGGGUCAUCUCAAUGGAUCCAGUCUCAGCGAAGGGGGUGGAGUAUGAAUUAAUAGUCGAGUCUGCGUCACAGUUGUGGUUGUGGUUAUUGUAUUGGGGCACAAUAGUAACCGAUCAUCCAGAGCUCUCCCAGAAUGCUCAGUGCACCAGCCUGAGCAAUUGGCAGUUAUGGUUUAGUCACUUGUAUUCAAGCAAUCUUUCUCAAAGGGACUUUAUACUAUCUGGUUAUCAUAGUGUCCAGAUAGUCAUUUGAACAUUCUCGUGCUCUACAAACAUUCCAUUUGUUUUGUUUUUAUUUGUUUUAUCAUCUGGCUUUUUUUUCUCCUGUUUUUUUUCUCCUCUUCUCACCAAAAGGCCUGAGGAUUGUCUGUAGUUUAUUUAAAGGGCCUGGUUGCUGGAUUCUGCACCAUUCCUCUUCCACCACCUCUAACUUUCUCUGCAUGGUUUGUGUGUCCGCAUGCCUGUCUCUGUCCCUGUAACUUAUCUGCACAAGAAAAAAGCACUGAAUGGACAGAAUUACGUUUUUAUUACAGCAUCAGGAUUCGGGAGCGAAGCAUGACACGAGAACUUGUUUUUUUGCAACCUCUUUUUUCCCCACAAUUGACGAUGAGGAAGAACGGCACUCCGUGUUGGUCUGACAGAUGUACUUUUUACAUGUAAAAAAUAUCAACAACAAACUGAACGACUUUUAAUAUUUUACAACAUCUUUAUCGAGCACUUGUGACAUACAGACAAUAGAUUUUAUUGAAUUUGUGCACAAAAAAACUGUUUUAGGGAAACUAAACGACAGGAGACAACAGGAGAGACCAACUUAUUAUAUCAUUUGAAGUUGGGACGGGGAGACGUUUUGUUUUGAGGCAUCUGGAGAUAUCAAAGGGCUCUGUCCAGAUGAAUGGUCUGUAUUGUCAUCAGGGUUGUCCAUUCCACUUCAGCCAGUAAUAUCUGUGACCACUGUGGUAAAAAAAAGAACAGUUAUAGGUUUACAAAAUGUAUGAAAUGCAUAUGUUUUUAUAUUGUUUUCUUUUGACUCUUGUUCUCUCCAUUGUUACAGAAUAGUACUUUUUUCUCGGGACCUUAGCUCUAACAUUUUCUCUUUGACAUCUACACUAUAAAGUAUAAUGUUUUGGAAAAACCA